AGAGAAAGUCAGUGGACAUAUAUACAAGAAACAUGAUUUUGAUCAAAGAUUAGGGGAGACAAGAAAAUUAUGGGGGAUGCUGAUGAUCACCAAGAAACACGCCAACAGUUAUCGACAGAGGAUCUAAAAGUGUUCACAUAUGAUGAACUAAAAUGCGUCUUUAGUUAUAAAACACGCCUGGGUGAUUGGAGUUUUGGGAAGGUUUACAAAGGUUGGGUUGAUGAAGAGACUUAUUCCCCCACAGAACAAGGCACAGGAUUAGCCGUUUUCGUUAAGACUUUCCAGCACCAUCAUUCAGAGUAUAUUAAGAAGUCCAAGUUACAUUUGGUGCUGAAAAAAUUGAGUCAUCCAAACCUUGUUAAGCUCAUAGGGUACUGCUUUGAAGGGGAUUUGCUCUUUCUUGUAGAUGAAUUCUAUUAUGGAAAUUUCGAGGAUUGCCUGCUUUAUGGCGCUAUUUCACGACUUCCACUUGAUACAAAGGUGAAAAUGGCACUAGGAAUUGCUAGAGCGAUUGUUUUCUUGCACCAGACACAUCACACCACUUCAGUCUGCUCAUGUGCAGAGCAGAGUUUUUCAUUUGAGAGAUGUAACAUAUUGCUAGAUGAGGUUUAUAUUAUGCCUGUCCCUUCUUCAUUAAGGUAUAUGCAGUUUAUAUUUUGCCUUUAAACCUUUUAUGAAGGAUAAGAAAUCAUGUUGAAUGAAAAAUCAGUGAAAGUUUUUUGCUUGGAACAUUGAGGCGUCGUUGAUGUUGCCAAGGAGUC